AUGACGUUCAAACUCUCGGACAAAGAGUUCAAUUCUCCCGGGUCUUCGACUGAUACCAAGGACUUUUGUGAGGUUUGUGGAGCUAUUCCGGCUUCGAUGCACUUUGGAACAAAUGCCUGUAGGCCUUGUAAGUUUUUUUUAUUUUAUUUUUUUUAAAUUUUAGGCUUAUUAAAAAAUGGCGGUAAUUUUUUUUGUUUUGUAAAGAAAGUUUUUGCCAUUUUUUGUUUUGUAAAGAAAGUUUUUUGCAAUUUUUUGUUUUGUAAAGAAAGUUCUUGCCAUUUUAACCCCCAAUUACAGGUGCAGCAUUCUUCCGUCGGUCGGUGGUUUUGAAGCGAAAAUACAAAUGUAAAUUCGAUAGUAACUGUGCGGUAAACAAAAGUAAGCUCUUUUUGUACUAUUGUUUACAAUAUAUUGUGGCAGUAAUUGUAAAUUACAUUGGUUUUUAGACGUACGAUCCGUAUGUGCACAUUGUCGUUACAACAAGUGCAUUAGUGCUGGAAUGGACACUCAGAGUAAGUUGGUUUGAAAGCUUAGGUUUAAUAGGCUUAGACUUAGGCUUAGUAGGCUUAGGCUUAUGCUUAGUAGCCUUAGGCUUAGUAGGCUCACGCUUAGUUCUAUCGUUUUCAAUCGCAUUUUAAAAUCUUCCGUACACUGUAUUGUAUUAAAAAAUGGCAUUUUAGGUAUUCGAUACCCAUUCGAUCUAAUAGGGCCAAAAAAGGACCGUAUCGCAACUACCGUAAUCACAAAACAAACAAUGUCAAUAUUAAGUAGUAUAACAGCCGGAUACAAAAAGUUUGUGGAUGAUACAAAAGUGCUUUACUACGCUUGUCAUCCUGAACAUUUGUUUGAUGAAGAUGUCAAGUUCAAAGAGGCUACAGUACUCGAACAUAUGCACUUUGAAAGGGCGUUGUUAGUGUAUAUAUUGAAGAUGUUGAACGAGUUUUUUCAUCCUUUCAACACGAUUGCUAAGCAGGAGCAGGUAGGGGUUUGAAUAUAAAAACUUUUUUUUCGUAAGCUUACUAAGCCCAAACCUACUAUGCCUAAGCCUACUAAGCCUAAGGCUACUAAGCCUAGGCCUACUAAGUCUAAGUCUACUAAGUCUAAAUCUACUGAGCCUAAAUCUACUGAGCCUAAGGCUACUAAGCCUAAGCCUACUAAGCCUAAGCCUACUAAGCCUAAGCCUAUUAAGUCUAAGCCUACUAAGCCUAAGCCUACUAAGCCUAAGCCUACUAAGCUUAAGCUUACUAAGCCCAUGACUAUGUUUACUAAUAGCCUAAUUCUACUAAGCCGACGGAACUUUUGAAAGAAGAUUGUUAGCCCUAGCUCUGGCCUUAGCCCAGAGCCUAAAAAUCAGGUCUGAGAUUCAAAAGCCUAAGCCUAAUAUCUUUCAUUUUCAGAUUAAAAUCUUUGAAGUGUUUCAAUUUCAAUUUUGCAAAGUUUACCAGUGUUACCUAAAUGCCGUAUUUUUUGAAAAUGAUGAUGAAAAGUUGUUUUUACACUAUGGAAGUUACAUUAACAAGGAAGACAUUACACACUUCUUUUCCAUUGACACUGACGUACAAAUGUCUGUAAAGUAAGUGUUUGCCAUUUCUUAUCUUGUAAAGAAAGUUCUUUCCAUUAUUGGUUUUGUAAGGAAAGUUCUUGUCAUCUUUUGUUUUGUAAAGAAAGUUCUUGCCAUUUUAUGUUUUGUAAACAAAGUUCUUGCGUUUUCAGAUCCUUUCGCCCGCUACACAAUAAGAUCUACAGAGUGGCACAAAAGUUUAAAAAACUGAAGAUUGACAUCGUUGAAUGCGCUGCCAUCGCAGGUAUUAUACUGUGGAGGGAAGGUGAGCUGAAAGCCUAUGCAUUUUUUGUGGGGGGAGGGAGGGGUAGGGCACGACAGGCUAGGGUAGGGUACGGCAGGGUAGGGUAGGAUAGGGUAGGGUAGGGUAGGGUAGGGUAGGGUAGGGUAGGGUAGGGUAGGGUAGGGUACGGUAGGGAGGGUACGGUAGGGUAGGGUACAGUAGGGUAGGGUACGGUAGGUUGCUACUUAGCCUAUCCCUACUAAGCCUACUAGAAUAAGCUUACUAUAGGCUCGCUAAGCCUAAGUUAACAAAACCUUAGCCUACUGACUUUAAGCCUAAAGCCUAAGCCUUUUAAAAUAUAAAAAAAUUCAAAAUUCAUUUAAGCCAACUUCCUGUACCCAGACCGUCGCUACGAAGACAUGUUACAGCAAGUCUAUUCUGACUUGGCGGUAUACUGUAACAAAAAGGGUGACCUUUCACGGUACGGUAUGGUGGUGUACAUUUUGAGGGAUUUUGAGGAGUUUGCUCUCGUACUGAAGGAAUCAACGUUUAUGGGCACGUUAUUGAAUGACCACUACUUCUUUGGGCUCAGCAAAGACGUGUUUAAAUAG